GCGCUGCGGCGGGAGGUGGUGGCCAGGGUGGGAGGUGUGUGAGCGCGUGUGUCGCGCGGUGGGGAGCAGUGGGUCGCGCUGCCGGCUGUCAGCUAGCUACGCGCCGCCGCCCGAUGGCUCCAAGAGGUGUGCUGGAUCGACCCCGGGGGGCCGGCAGUGGGAUCCGGCCCCAGCUGUCGAAGGAGAAGAUUGAGGGCUGUCACAUCUGUACGUCUGUCACCCCAGGGGAACCCCAGGUCCUACUGGGGAAGGACAAGGCCUUCACCUAUGACUUUGUCUUUGACCUGGACACUUGGCAAGAACAGAUCUAUUCAACCUGUGUGAACAAGCUUAUCGAGGGCUGCUUUGAGGGCUACAAUGCCACAGUGCUGGCCUAUGGGCAGACGGGGGCCGGGAAGACGUACACUAUGGGCACUGGCUUCGACACGGUGACGUCAGAGGAGGAGCAGGGCAUCAUCCCAAGGGCCAUAGCUCACCUCUUCGGGGGCAUCGCCGAACGCAAGCGACGGGCUCAGGAGAAGGGUGUGGCUGGGCCUGAAUUCAAAGUCAGCGCUCAGUUCCUGGAGCUCUACAAUGAGGAGAUCCUUGACCUGUUUGAUAGCACUCGUGACCCUGACGCUCGCCACCGCAGGUCCAACAUCAAGAUCCACGAGGAUGCCAACGGUGGCAUCUAUACCACAGGCGUCACGUCUCGCCUCAUCAACUCCCAGGAGGAGCUGAUCCAGUGCCUGAAGCAGGGCGCCCUGUCCCGUACCACGGCCAGCACCCAGAUGAAUGUACAGAGCUCGCGCUCCCACGCCAUCUUCACCAUCCACCUGUGCCAGAUGCGUGUGUGUGCCCAGCCCGACCUGGUGAACGAGGCGGUGACAGGGCUUCCUGAGGGCACAGCUCCUACGAACGAAUACGAGACACUCACAGCCAAGUUUCACUUUGUGGACCUGGCUGGCUCCGAGAGGCUGAAGCGGACAGGGGCCACGGGUGAGCGGGCCAAGGAGGGCAUCUCCAUCAACUGUGGCCUGCUGGCCUUGGGCAAUGUGAUCAGCGCCCUGGGGGACCAGAGUAAGAAGGUGGUGCACGUGCCCUACAGGGACUCCAAGCUCACUCGGCUCCUCCAGGACUCUCUAGGGGGCAACAGCCAGACCAUCAUGAUUGCCUGCGUGAGCCCCUCAGAUCGGGACUUCAUGGAGACACUCAACACACUCAAAUACGCCAACCGGGCCCGCAACAUCAAGAACAAGGUGGUGGUGAACCAGGACAAGACGAGCCAGCAGAUCAGCGCACUGAGGGCUGAGAUCGCUCGCCUGCAGAUGGAGUUGAUGGAGUAUAAGGCGGGCAAGCGUGUGAUUGGGGAGGAUGGAGCCGAGGGCUACAGUGACCUGUUCCGGGAGAAUGCCAUGCUGCAGAAGGAGAAUGGGGCACUGCGACUGCGGGUGAAGGCCAUGCAGGAAGCCAUUGAUGCCAUCAACAGCCGUGUCACCCAUCUCAUGAGCCAGGAGGCCAACCUGCUUCUGGCCAAGGCUGGUGACGGCAACGAGGCCAUCGGUGCUCUGAUCCAGAACUAUAUCCGGGAGAUUGAGGAGCUGCGGACAAAGCUCCUGGAGAGUGAGGCCAUGAAUGAGUCCCUCCGCCGCAGCCUCUCAAGGGCAUCGGCUCGGAGCCCCUAUUCCCUGGGAGCAUCCCCAGCCGGUCCGGCCUUUGGGGCCAGCCCAGCCAGCUCCAUGGAGGAUGCCUCUGAGGUGAUCCGCAGGGCCAAGCAGGACCUGGAGCGACUGAAGAAGAAGGAGGUCAGGCAGCGGAGGAAGAGUCCAGAGAAGGAAGCCUUCAAAAAGAGGGCGAAACUCCAACAGGAAAACAGUGAGGAGACAGACGAGAACGAGGCUGAGGAGGAGGAGGAAGAGCGAGACGAGAGUGGCUGUGAGGAGGAGGAAGGGCGUGAGGAUGAAGACGAGGACUCGGGCAGCGAGGAGAGCCUGGUGGACUCAGACUCAGACCCCGAGGAGAAGGAGGUGAACUUCCAGGCGGACCUGGCCGACCUGACAUGUGAGAUCGAGAUCAAGCAGAAGCUGAUUGAUGAGCUGGAGAACAGCCAGCGGCGCCUGCAGACGCUCAAGCACCAGUACGAGGAGAAGCUGAUCCUGCUGCAGAACAAGAUCCGAGACACCCAGCUAGAGCGGGACCGUGUGCUGCAGAACCUCAGCACCAUGGAGUGCUACACAGAGGAGAAGGCCAACAAGAUCAAGGCGGAUUAUGAGAAGAGACUGCGGGAGAUGAACCGAGACCUGCAGAAACUGCAGGCUGCGCAGAAGGAGCACGCCCGGCUGCUCAAGAACCAAUCGCGCUAUGAGAGGGAGCUGAAGAAGCUGCAGGCUGAGGUGGCCGAGAUGAAGAAGGCCAAGGUGGCCCUGAUGAAGCAGAUGCGGGAGGAGCAGCAGCGCCGCCGGCUGGUGGAGACCAAGAGGAACCGGGAGAUCGCUCAGCUCAAGAAGGAGCAGCGGCGGCAGGAGUUUCAAAUCCGGGCCUUGGAAUCCCAGAAGCGGCAGCAGGAAAUGGUCCUGAGGAGGAAAACCCAGGAGGUUUCUGCAUUGAGGCGCCUGGCCAAGCCCAUGUCGGAGCGGGUGGCAGGGCGCGCAGGGCUGAAGCCACCCAUGCUGGACUCGGGAGCUGAGGUGUCGGCCAGCACCACCUCAUCUGAGGCCGAGUCGGGGGCCCGCUCUGUCUCCAGCAUUGUGCGCCAGUGGAACCGCAAGAUCAACCACUUCCUGGGUGACCAUCCUGCCAACACCGUCAAUGGUACCCGCCCGGCCAGAAAGAAGUUCCAGAAGAAGGGGGCCAGCCAGAGCUUCAGUAAGGCUGCAAGACUCAAGUGGCAGUCCUUGGAACGGAGGAUCAUUGAUAUUGUCAUGCAGAGAAUGACCAUUGUCAACCUGGAAGCUGACAUGGAGAGGCUCAUCAAGAAAAGGGAGGAGCUGUUCCUCCUGCAGGAGGCGCUGCGGAGGAAACGUGAGCGGCUGCAGGCCGAGAGCCCGGAGGAGGAGAAGGGGCUGCAGGAGCUGGCCGAGGAGAUUGAGGUGCUGGCAGCCAACAUCGACUACAUCAAUGACAGCAUCACCGACUGCCAGGCCACCAUCAUGCAGCUGGAGGAGACCAAGGAGGAGCUGGACUCCACGGAUACCUCGGUGGUCAUCAGCUCCUGCUCCCUGGCCGAAGCCCGCCUCCUGCUGGACAACUUCCUCAAGGCGUCCAUUGACAAGGGGCUGCAAGUGGCACAGAAGGAGGCCCAGAUCCGGCUGCUGGAGGGACGGCUGAAGCAGACAGACAUGGCAGGCUCCUCCCAGAACCACCUGCUCCUGGAUGCCCUGCGUGAGAAGGCCGAGGCACACCCCGAACUGCAGGCCCUCAUCUACAAUGUACAGCAGGAGAAUGGCUAUGCCAGCACAGACGAGGAAGUCUCAGAAUUCUCUGAGGGGAGCUUCUCCCAGUCAUUCACCAUGAAAGGCUCCACCAGCCAUGAUGAUUUCAAGUUCAAGGGAGAGCCCAAGCUGUCUGCCCAAAUGAAGGCUGUGUCAGCUGAGUGCCUGGGGCCCCCACUGGACAUCUCCACCAAGAACAUCACCAAGUCCUUGGCCUCCCUUGUUGAGAUCAAAGAAGACGGGGUGGGCUUCUCCAUCCGUGAUCCCUACUACCGAGACAAGGUCUCACGCACUGUCAGCCUGCCCACCCGGGGCAGUACUUUCCCCCGGCAGUCUCGAGGCACAGAGACGUCCCCUCUGACCCGGAGGAAGUCCUAUGACCGGGGUCAGCCCAUCAGGUCCACAGAUGUGGGAUUCACGCCUCCAUCUUCCCCUCCCACCCGGCCCCGCAAUGACCGCAACGUCUUCUCUCGUCUCACCAGUAAUCAGAGCCAGGGGUCAGCACUGGACAAGUCUGAUGACAGCGACUCCUCUUUGUCGGAGGUCCUGAGGGGCAUCAUCACCCCCGUUGGAGGAGCUAAGGGUGCACGGACAGCCCCGCUGCAGUGUGUGUCUGUGGCCGAGGGCCACACCAAGCCCAUCCUCUGCCUGGACGCCACAGACGAGUUGCUUUUCACAGGGUCCAAAGACCGAAGCUGCAAGAUGUGGAACCUGGUAACGGGGCAGGAGAUCGCAGCUCUAAAGGGCCAUCCCAACAAUGUGGUCUCCAUCAAGUACUGCAGCCACUCGGGGCUGGUGUUCUCCGUGUCCACCUCCUACAUCAAGGUGUGGGACAUCCGGGACUCAGCCAAGUGCAUUCGGACUCUCACGUCCUCAGGCCAGGUGAUCUCAGGUGACGCCUGCGCUGCCACUUCAACCCGGGCCAUCACCAGUGCCCAGGGGGAGCACCAGAUCAACCAGAUGGCCCUCAGCCCCUCUGGCACCAUGCUGUAUGUGGCCGCAGGCAAUGCCGUCCGAAUCUGGGAGCUCAGCAGGUUCCAACCCAUUGGCAAGCUGACUGGCCACAUUGGCCCCGUGAUGUGCCUGACGGUCACCCAGACUGCCAGCCAGCAUGACCUGGUGGUGACUGGCUCCAAGGACCACUACGUCAAGAUGUUCCAGCUCGGCGAGUGUGUGACAGGUACCAUUGGCCCCACUCAUAACUUUGAGCCCCCGCACUACGAUGGCAUCGAGUGCCUGGCCAUCCAGGGAGACAUCCUGUUCAGCGGCUCCCGCGACAACGGCAUCAAGAAGUGGGACCUGGAGCAGCAGGAGCUCAUUCAGCAAAUCCCCAAUGCCCACAAGGACUGGGUGUGUGCCCUGGCCUUCGUCCCGGGCCGCCCCAUGCUGCUGAGCGCCUGCCGCGCGGGCGUCAUCAAAGUCUGGAACGUGGACAACUUCACGCCCAUUGGUGAGAUCAAGGGCCACGACAGCCCCAUCAAUGCCAUCUGCACCAACACUAAGCACAUCUUUACAGCCUCCAGUGACUGCCGGGUAAAGUUGUGGAAUUACGUCCCUGGACUCACCCCCUGCCUUCCUCGCCGAGUCCUGGCCAUAAAGGGCCGCGCCCCACCCUGCCCUGACCCUCCCCCCCGCCCCGGUCUCCUCUCUCGUUCUUCCCCUCUUUCCUUUUUCCCUGUCUUUUCCCCUCUUCGGUCUGAGCUGCUUCUUCACGUGACCUGACGGUGAAGUUCUGGAGCAUACGGCGGUUACCAGCGGCCAACCCUAGGAGUUAGGUCAGGGCAUGCCUGGACCCUCAACCCCAGCAGCCUUCACUGCAUGGAAGGGAAGCUGUGGCCUGACCAGACUGGCUAGCGGCACUGGGGACCGAGGGUGUGGCCCCUCUCCUGUUCCGCUUCCUCUCCCUGGGCCAUAGGAUACUAUCACCUCCGUUCCUCCCUGACUCUUAGGAGCCUCCUGGUGACAGAAGUUGGAGAGGAAAUCAAGCUGUGAAGCCAAAGGGCAUUACCCCUCUUCUCUCUCCCCUGGAAGUCCCCUGGGGUUCCCUCCAUCUGGCCACAUGGUCUCCUGCUGAGCUAGCCCUGCUGCAGGCCAUUGGUCCAGGGUGGGACCUGUAGGGGAGGGGAAGCAGCUUCUGCCCAUCAUGCCCCUCUGAUGAGCGCCCAGCUCAGCCUCUGUACCACUUCACCUGCCUCUGAGCCCAACCAGGUAGUCCUCAGGUAACCAUGGAAACCAGGUGUAGGCAGCUAGGCCUUGCAGCUGACCUUGAACCCCGUGGCCAACAACAUCUAGUCCCAGUGGGCCUGAACCAUUCCCUGGGGUCCCAUUCUGAUGGAGGCCAAGGUGGAGCUACUAGAAAGAUUCCCUUGAGGAGAUGGUCAGGAAUACUUCAUUUUUUUAAUUUAUUAUUUUUUUUUAAAUUUUUUUUUUUUGCUGUUGCCUCCUGGAAACCGACUUGAAGUUCCCUCCCACACAUUCUUUCCCUCAGCUUUAGGGACUUUGCUCCCCAGCACUCCGGGGCCACCUCCUCUGUUUGCUUUGCAAAAGAGAGAAAUGCCCUGUGCCACUCUUUGCAGCCCUGACCUAUCCCCAGCUCUGUCCCUGGGGAUGCUUCUAGUGCCCCCCUGGCCUCUGGGCCGCCUGAGCUUCAGUGCCUUCCUUCGCCCCGGGGCCUGGCCCUCGUGCUGGGCAGCCUUACGCCAACCAUGCCCGCUGCGCCACAUGUGUCUUCUACUCAAGGGGUCUCAUGUCCACCACCCCUGGAAGGCGGGGGAGCUCACCCCACACAGCCCAGGGCUGGGGAGCCCUGCUCCCCGGACUCUCACAUGGUCACAUAGGAAGCAGCUUGGUGGCCCUGUCCACUAGGAAGCUGCUUGGGUGGUGAGGACUGCCCAGCACCUUGCCCCUCCCUCCCAGUCAACCCAUCGUCUCACCCCUGAAUAGGACAAGGGGUCUUUUCAGCUUCUGUCCUUCUGGUUAUCAGGAGGCACAUUCUCAAGCCUUAAAAGCGGCAUGGGGCAUGGGCCUCCCUAGAGAUUGGAGGUCAGAUGGCAGUUAGUUCACUGAGCCGCUCCCUCCCCUGGGGCGGGAGGGGGCCAAACCAGUGUUCUGGCGCCCCCUGUUGGACCCACUCUGAAUUCACAGGAAUGGGAGGGGCCAGCUCCGUCCCUUACUCCUGGCUUCUCCCCAAGCCUGUCCACAUUGUUUUCCAUUGCUUCACUGGUCUGGUGCUUCCCGGCCCCAGUCUGGAAGCCAGGAUUCCCAGAUCCGUUCGGAGGACAUGGUGACCUAUGGACUUCCCAGUUAAUGGCGCGAUGUUUCUGUCCUGAGCUCCUCUCCGUCUGUGGCUGGGGCUGUUGGAGUCUACUCCACGUGGGCCCUGGUGGGUAGGGUCAGGUCCCAGUGAAAGCUGAGGCCUGCCACCCUCCUUGAGCCCUCCUCAGAGCCACCCCAGAGGCUAAGGAGGCCGUCCUGCUUGUUGGCGGCCCCUGCUGGACAUGGCAUUGAGUCUGGGUGAGCAUGCUGAUCUCCUGGAACCUGGACAGUCUGUCUGCUUCGACUGGAAGUCCUUCUUACUCUUUCCAUCCCUGGAGUGCUGGCUAGCUCCCUGUGCACUCAGAAGUGACCACAAGUCUCCCCCUCCCCGUCCACCCCUCCCCGCCUGAACAGAAAGCUUCGACCUUCAAACCCGUCCGCAUGACCGUUUACAACUACAGAAACACGUGGAGACUUGUGCCCCCUCCCCUGCCCCCAUGGGCCAGGGAGGCCCCAUCGUGGGGCCACCCCUGCCCAGGUGACUGUACUGUAGCUGCAAGGCCUGUCCGAGGUGUGGUCUCACGGCCCUGCGAGAGGUGCUCAUCAACAUUGCCCGCUCUUCGCCAUUCCUGAUGGGUCACUACCUCACAGCGGGGCCGGCUCUGCUGUCCCGGCCAGUGUCAUUGACUCUAAACUUGAAGUCCUUUGAGAGCCCUGAGCCAGUUGUCUCUGAGCCACCCAGACCUGUGGUGUACGAGCGUUGGAGUCACCCACUCUUUCCAGAGGUGUCCAUAGUCGGGGCAAGUCCCCGGUCACUGCACAAGCAUCCAGAGUUGGAAGCACAAACUGGUUGUGAUUUGAGCACAAUGUCAGGGUUCUCACGGGCAGUGUGCACAGUCCUGGGCCUGGGAGGCUCCUCCCAGGUUGACCUUGUCCCCUGUUAUACCAAGGAUGCCCGUGUCUAGAAUUGGUGGGUGCCCUUGCUGAGGCUAGGUCUUGGCUUGUAAUCGUCAUUUUACUUCUUGUGCCCAUCCUAAGGUCUGAGCCCAGGCCACAUCUGUAUGUUGUGGGCCCAGGGAGUAGAGCCCUCCCGUGUCCCCACACCCCAGGGCUGGCUCCCAGCCCUACCAAGCCUAAAGAACUUGGCCCCAGACUCCCUGCCUCCUGGGUUGAGCCCCUGUCCUUGCUUUUGAAGUGGAUUGGCUUCCACCCAGGAGGAUGGUGUCCUCCAUCCCCGCUGCCUGCGGGCCCCCUCAGCACAGUCCUGUGUCAGGACCUCGUUCUCAGUAUUAGCCAGUUAGUAUUUGAUUUUACUCUAGUGACUUGGCCCCUCUGAAGCAACCAGAAUCCUCCAGGGUCGCAUCUGGAGCUCCAUGGGAGAUUGCCAAGGAGAGAGGUGGACAAGAAGGCAGAGGCUAGCCCGGACAAGCCUGGUGGUCAGGGUACCACCAGCCACUCAGGAAGGGACAGCUGUGGCUCUGGGAGUGGCCUCCAGCCCACCCACCCUUGCCCCAGCUGCAGCCUUGGAAACUCCGCCUUGAGUGGUCCAGCCCUGUUGCCCACCUAGGGCCCUGUGGCUUUGGCAGAGGGCAGUUGAAAGCACAGACCCACCGUAAGGAAGACCCUGAAUGGCUGGAAUUUCCUUGUGCCCCCCCAGUGUGGUGGGGACAGAGGCAGGCUGCCUUGUGAAGUCAAGGGAGAUGUCUCUCUGCCCUGCCCCCACACCCCGCCCUGGCUCUUGGUGGGGCAGUUCCUGAUGGAGUCUGGGCUGGGUGCAGGCACACCCCUCUGGCUGUCUGGACCCUGCCUGUGCCUGGUAUGUUUGCAUGGGCAGGGCCUGCCCUGCAGGAAUGGUGAAUUCCUUCCCACUGUGUGGCCCAAACCUGUGGCUUCUAUCCCUUUGCCAUCUCAGACAAGAAACUGCUUGCUGCCUUCUUUGCUGGGUAUAGCCUCCUCCUGAUCAAUGGCCAGUGUCCCCCACAGGCCUUCCUGAGCCUGGGCCUCCUAUCCCAGCUCUCAAACCGUCACGGCCCUCUUAUGUAUAAGAACAAAAUCUGCAGGGAAAAUUCUGUUUCUUCUCUGGCACCUUUGUUCUGUCCCUUAUGUCUACCUCCCUCUGUCUCCAACACCCAAAUGAUCCCUCAGCCCCCACCACACCUUAAUUCAAUCCUUUAAACCUGUGUCCCUAGGGCCUUGCCAGGAAGAGGGAAGUAAAAACUGUUUGAUGAAGAGCAGAGAGUCAGAGAAGACCCCUGAAGUGAAUCAGGGUCCUGCCCUGACACCAGCUCUUUCCUAGCUAUCACUCCGACCCAGGCUGCAGGGUUUUGUUGGGCUCUGCGAUGUGACGAGCACAAGGUGUAUAUAUAUAUAUGUUUUGUACCUCUGCUGAGACUGUACAUAAUGUAUGAAAGUUAUUUAAGCCUCAUGCUGUACAUUUCUGUUCCUAGAUUAUGUGUGUGUUCUAAGAAGUUGUCAUAAAUAAAACCCCAACGACCCUUGUC